GUUUGGGUUUUUCUGUGAACCCUAAAUGCUUCUUCUCCUUUCAUAAUCGCCAACACCAAAACUUGUGGCAGUCUCUUUUAGUCGUCAUCGAUCUUCAAAUCCAACGAGGGAUUCUUCAACUUCUCUGUUUUCAGAAUCUCCAUCUUACUUUUACUAUUCCUUCCAAGCAAGCUUCUUCAAUUCUUAAAGAAAACUGGAUAUAGUCAAGGAACGGAACCUAGUUAUGGAAUUAUUAUGUGAUGACAUUGGAACCAGCAUGUGCCUUACACCCUCAGAACCGGACCUGCCUGUUUCUGAAGAUUUUGGGGAGUAUAUGCGCUCUCGCUUAUCGCAGUCCAAAAGACCAGACCAUGAACAUCUAUGCGCUGUCAUCGAGGAGUUAUCAAAAACUCUGGCUGAAGAUAAUCAUCGUCGGACACCUGUUGCUUACUUUGCCUGCACAUGCAGGUCGCUAGACAGCCUCUUUUCAGCACAUGCUGAACCACCUGUAGAUGUCGUCCAGCCACAUAUUGUCAUCCUUUCCCUUGUGUUCCCUAAAGUCUCAGCAGGAGUACUGAAGAGGGAUGGGUUGGCUUUGCGUCUCGUCCUCAAUGUUCUGCGUCUGAAAUCAGCCACGCCUGAGUGCUUGAUUUCGGGAUUGAAGUGUUUGGUUCACCUUCUCACAACGGUUGAGUCCAUUAUGGUGAACGAAGGCUCUGAUUCCUACAACAUCUUACUGAAUUUUGUAACUCAUUCAGACGGAAAGGUAAGAAAGCUAGCAAGCUCCUGUCUCCGUGAUGUCCUGCAGAAAUCCCAUGGAACAAAGGCCUGGCAAUCAGUCAGUGGAGCUAUUACAGAAAUGUUCCAGAACUAUUUAGACCUCGCCCAUAAAUCGGAAGUGGGUUCUACCGAAGGAGCCAGAGGGGCAAAGCAAGUGCUUUACAUUCUUAGCACUCUAAAAGAAUGCUUGGCCUUGAUGUCAAAAAAGCACAUUGCUACUCUGAUUGAGGGAUUUAAGGUGCUGAUGAUUCUUCGCGAUCCAUACAUUACAAGGCCAGUGAUAGACUCUUUAAAUGCAGUUUGUCUCAAUCCAACCUCCGAGGUUCCGGUUGAGGCGCUGCUCGAAGUGUUAUCUCUUGCGGCUGGACUGUUCUCGGGACAUGAAACAUCUGCUGAUGCCAUGACCUUUACAGCACGUUUACUGAAAGUUGGGAUGACUAGGAGUUUUACCCUAAACAGAGAUCUUUGUGUGGUUAAACUUCCUAGUGUGUUCAAUGGUCUGAAUGAUAUUAUUGCAUCUGAACACGAGGAGGCUAUCUUUGCAGCAACUGAUGCGUUGAAGAGUUUGAUAUUUUCAUGUAUUGACGAAAGCUUGAUCAGAGAAGGUGUCAAUGAAAUCCGGAAUUCAAACUUGAAUGUAAGGAAGCCUAGUCCAACAGUCAUCGAAAAGCUGUGUGCAACAGUUGAGAGCUUGCUUGAUUACAAGUACCAUGCAGUCUGGGAUAUGGCUUUUCAAGUAGUUUCAGCAAUGUUUGAUAAAUUAGGUGAACAUUCUGCAUAUUUUAUGAGGAACACCCUCCAGGGUUUAUCUGAUAUGCAAGAUUUACCUGAUGAAGGAUUUCCUUACCGGAAGCAGUUGCAUGAGUGUGUAGGAUCAGCCCUUGGUGCUAUGGGACCUGAAACAUUUUUAAGCAUUGUGCGUUUAAACCUUGAAGCUAAUGAUCUGUCUGAGGUAAAAGUUUGGCUCUUCCCAAUCUUGAAGCAGUACACAGUUGGAGGACGCCUAAGUUUCUUCACAGAGGCUAUUUUUAGCAUGGUCGAAACAAUGAGCCACAAAGCUCAAAAGCUCAAGCUACAAGGUCUUCCUGUAGCAUCCAGGAGUGUGGAUUCUCUCGUAUAUUCAUUAUGGGCUUUGUUACCUUCAUUCUGUAAUUAUCCCGUGGAUACUGUGGAGAGUUUUGCCGAUCUGGGGCGAAUAUUAUGUGGAGUUCUUCAAACACAGGCUGAGACCCAUGGAAUUAUAUGUGCCAGUUUGAAUAUUCUGAUUCAACAAAAUAAGGAAGUUGUUGAGGGGAAAGAAGUACCUACUAAUGAUGCUAGUCCUGCUAUGCAACGAGCUACUGCUCGUUAUGAUUCACAGCAUGCGGCAGCUAAUUUAAAAGUUCUGCGGUUAUGUGCUCCUAAAUUAUUGGAUGUUUUGUCAAGGAUAUUUCAUGAAUGUAGCAAAGAUGAUGGCGGUUCUCUUCAGUCUGCGAUAGGUAACUUAGCUUCCAUAGCGGAGAAAAAGACUGUUUCAAAGCUACUUUUCAAGACUCUGCAAGAGCUUUUAGAGGCUACCAAAACUGCCAUUGCACAAGAUGAAAGUCCUGUUAGUGGGAUGGAUGUGGAUAACACCGCAGACAAAAAUUCUUCUUCCAACUUAAGGGCAAGGUUGUUUGAUCUGUUAGUUUCACUCUUACCGGGUUUGGAUGGUCAAGAAGUAGAUACCAUAUUCAGUUCUCUGAAGCCUGCAAUGCAGGAUUCCAAGGGCCUAAUUCAAAAGAAAGCGUACAAAGUUCUUUCGGUCAUUUUGAAGAGUUCUGAUGGAUUUGUUUCAAAGAACCUCGAGGAGUUGCUUGUGCUGAUGCACAAUAUAUGCCAUGUCUCUGCCAAACGCCAUAAACUUGAUUGUUUAUACUUCCUGUUAGCUCAUGCAUCAAGGACUGAUGAUUUAAAGGAGAGAAAAGACAUUGUUUCUUCUUUUCUACCCGAAGUUAUACUUGCUUUAAAGGAGGUAAAUAAAAAAACAAGAAACAGAGCCUAUGACGUGCUUGUUCAGAUUGGUCAUGCAUACGCAGAUGAGGAGAAUGGUGGAGACAACGAGAAGUUGCAUGGGUACUUCGAUAUGGUGGUUGGUUGCUUGGCUGGCGAAAAACCUCAAAUGAUUAGUGCUGCUGUCAAGGGUGUAGCUCGUUUGACAUAUGAGUUCUCCGAUCUCAUAUCUAGUGCUUACAAUUUACUUCCUUCAACAUUUCUUCUCCUCCAGAGGAAAAAUAAAGAAAUUACAAAAGCAAAUUUAGGUUUGUUGAAGGUGUUGGUGGCUAAAUCACCCGUUGAAGGACUACACGCAAAUUUAAAGAGCAUGGUUGAAGGCUUACUAAAGUGGCCAGAAGGAACAAAAAAUCUGUUCAAAGCAAAGGUGAGGCUUCUGUUGGAGAUGCUCAUCAAGAAAUGUGGCACGGAGGCUGUCAAGUCUGUGAUGCCUGAGGAACAUAUGAAACUCCUGACAAACAUCCGAAAGAUCAAGGAACGUAAAGAGAAAAAAUAUGCAGCUGGCUCUGACAUCAGUAAAUCGCAGCAUUCAAAAGAUACUUCAUCAAAGGUUAGCAGGUGGAAUGAUACCAAGAUAUUUUCUGAUGUAUACGCGGACAGUGAGGACAGUGACGGAGACGACAUGGAUGCGGAGUCUCAUGGCCGCAGCAAGGCUUCCUCUUUGUUAAAAUCCAAGGCAUCCGCUUUGAGAUCCAAGAAAAGUCGGAACCAGAGUCAUCUUGAAGUGGAUGAGUCAGAUGAUGAACCGCUUGACUUAAUGGAUCAGCACAAAACAAGAUUAGCUCUUCGGUCAAGUGAACUUCGCAAACGGAAAGCUGACUCGGAUGAAGAAGCAGAGUUUGAUGUGGAAGGGCGGCUAGUUAUUCGUGAAGGAGAGAGGUCUAAAAGGAAGGAACUAUCUGAUGCAGAUUCAGAUGCCAAAAGUAGCAAAGGCAGCCGUUUCUCUGGAAACUCAUCCAAGAAGAACCAAAAGCGGAUGAAGACAUCAGAGUCUGGAUACGCUUACACAGGCAAAGAGUAUGCAAGCAAAAAGGCAAGUGGCGAUCUUAAGAAGAAAGAUAAACUUGAACCAUAUGCCUAUUGGCCACUCGAUCGCAAGAUGAUGAGCCGUAGACCAGAGCAACGGGCAGUUGCAGUGAGAGGGAUGUCAAGUGUGGUCAAGAUGGCAAAGAAAAUGGAAGGCAAGAGCGCUGCAGAAGCACUUGCCACCACCAAGUUCAAAAAAUUCAAGAGGAGUGGUCAGAAGAAAUCAGCUGGGAAGAAGAAAAACAAGUAAACAAGUGGCAUAAGCUCCUCACCUAUGUUUUAAGAUAUCAGAGGAAAAAUAGCUUAUUUAAAACACAUUUUUUGACUGCUAAAACUUUAAACACCUUUGUCCAUUUUGUAUUGUAAUCAGAUUUUGAAAUAUGGUUUCAGAGUUGAUACUUCAAAGAGAAUUUGUGAACGUCAGUUCCGGAUUGUUCUUGGCAUUUGAUCCAUCUCAGCCAGAGUAGUUAAGAGCAAACUAUCCUUGAAAACGUUACUCUUACG